AAAUACGGACAAGUUGAUUGUACAAACAGACCCUGCCACUGUACUUAUAAAGGACAAACUUAUGGAAUUGGUAAUAGAUUUUCGGACGAUUGCAAUCAAUGCGAAUGUUUAGCAACUGGAUAUGUCCGAUGUUCAACCUAUCUUUGUCAAUGUAAGUACAACAACAAGAUAUAUAAAGUAGGAGAAACAUUUAAACAGGGCUGUAAUACGUGCACAUGCAAAGCCGAUGGGACUGUAGACUGCACAACAAACCCAUGUACCUGUACUUAUAAAUAUAAUGUUUAUGAUUUCGGAGCAGAGUUCAAGGAUGAUUGUAAUACUUGCAAAUGUAAAAAUAACGGACAAGUUGAUUGUACAAACAGACCCUGCCACUGUACUUAUAAAGGACAAACUUAUGGAAUUGGUAAUAGAUUUUCGGACGAUUGCAAUCAAUGCGAAUGUUUAGCAACUGGAUAUGUCCGAUGUUCAACCUAUCUUUGUCAAUGUAAGUACAACAACCAGAUAUAUAAAGUAGGAGAAACAUUUAAAAAGGGCUGUAAUACGUGCACAUGCAAAGCCGAUAGGACUGUAGACUGCACAACAAACCCAUGUACCUGUACUUAUAAAUAUAAUGUUUAUGAUUUCGGAGCAGAGUUCAAGGAUGAUUGUAAUACUUGCAAAUGUAAAAAUAACGGACAAGUUGAUUGUACAAACAGACCCUGCCACUGUACUUAUAAAGGACAAACUUAUGGAAUUGGUAAUAGAUUUUCGGACGAUUGCAAUCAAUGCGAAUGUUUAGCAACUGGAUAUGUCCGAUGUUCAACCUAUCUUUGUCAAUGUAAGUACAACAACCAGAUAUAUAAAGUAGAGAAA